ACGAUCUUAGAGAGAGAGAGAGAGAGAGAGAGAGAGAGAUUCAAAGUUAGGUGCUUUUGCUUGCUCGUUUUGGCUGCCUGGCUUUGCUUUUUAGUUUCUGCUUUUGCGUUUGCGUUUGAAUACGUGAGGUUUCUUAAGAUGGGUUUGCUGUGCUCUCGAAAUGUGUUGGGUUUUCUUCAAGCGUAGAUUUUGGAGUGGAAAUUCUUCAGAACCGGUUUCCAUGGCUGGGGGCAAUGAAGUCAACGUUAAUGAAUCCAGGACAGUGGUUCCACUGAAUACAUGGGUCCUCAUCUCCAAUUUCAAGCUGUCAUACAAUCUUCUACGCCGCCCUGACGGGACUUUCAACCGCCACUUGGCGGAGUUCCUUGAUCGGAAAGUGCCAGCCAAUGCUAAACCCGUUGAUGGGGUUGUCUCGUUUGACGUCAUCAUCGACCGCGAAACUAGCCUGCUAAGUCGAAUCUAUCAUCCAGACAAUGCUGAUCUAUCCCCGCUGAACAUUGUUGAUCUUAAGAGACCUGUGAACAAGGAGGUUCUUCCUGUCAUAGUUUUCUUCCAUGGUGGGAGCUUUGUACACUCCUCUUCAAACAGCGGUAUAUAUGAUAUUUUGUGCCGCCGACUAGUUGGUGUCUGCAAGGCUGUAGUGGUUUCUGUGAACUAUCGCCGGGCACCUGAAAAUCGUUAUCCAUGUGCCUAUGAUGAUGGGUGGACAGCCCUGAAGUGGGUGAAAUCUAGACCAUGGCUUAAAAGUACGAAGGACUCAAAAGUUCAUAUCUAUCUCGCUGGCGAUAGCUCUGGUGGGAACAUUGUACACAAUGUUGCUUUAAGAGCUGUAGAAUUUGGAAUCAAUGUACUGGGAAAUAUACUGCUCAACCCUAUGUUUGGUGGGCAGGAGCGGACUGAAUCUGAGAUGCGAUUGGAUGGGAAAUACUUUGUCACCAUCCAAGACCGGGACUGGUACUGGAGAGCUUUACUCCCUGAGGGAGAAGAUAGGGACCAUCCAGCAUGUAACCCAUUUGGUCCCCGGGGUCAAAGCCUCGAAGCUGUCAAGUUCCCGAAGAGCCUUAUUGUGGUGGCUGGUUUGGAUCUUAUUCAGGACUGGCAAUUGGCUUAUGCUAGAGGGCUCGAGAGGGCUGGCAUAAACGUGAAACUCAUGUAUCUUGAGCAUGCCACAAUUGGUUUCUACCUGUUGCCGAAUAAUGAGCACUUCUACACCGUGAUGGAUGAGAUAAGUAAAUUCGUGUGCUCCGACUAUUAAUAGAAUUGACUUUUACCAUGCGGUGACGUAUAACCUAAGGUUGAUAUUCCCUGAAUAAUGAAGGGUUUGUUUGCAGUUUGUAAGAUUGUGCAGCUAGCUAUAGUAAUUACUGUUGUAUUGAUAAAUGUGGUACUAAGAUCCUCCUUUCACCUGGUUCUUGUCUGCGGAGGGCUAGCUUUGGUUGUUAGAUGCAAACGAGUGUAUGAUUCUGUAUCUAGCUAGAUCAUCGUAUUUUGUUAGUUGGUUCGAUAAAGCUUUUGCAGACCCCACUCAGCGGGAUAAGGCUUUACUGUUGUUGUUGUUCAAUAAAGCUUUUGCAGACAACAGAAUCUAUCCACGGUCGAGUUGUUCUUGUAAUGUUUAUAUAUAUAUAUAUAUGUGUGUGUGUGUGUGUGUGUGUGUGUGUGUGUGUGUGUGUGUGUUCUAAUGUUGUGUAAGAUGUUUGUGUAUUGGCAGUUGCCAAUGUUUGCUAUGCUCUACGUGUGUUAAGAAAUGUUAAAAUCAGUGGAUGUUUUGUUGAAA